AUGGUGACAUUGCUGUGUCUUGAUGAUUCAAUCAUACCUGUCUUGUGGGAAAGGCCUUUGAUGUUCUUUUUGUCUCUUGAUCUAGAUAAAAGAACAAAGGGUGGGCAUUUCUCUGGCAUAUAUAGAAAGGUUCAACUAAAGCCACUAAAGUGGAUCAAAGUGACCAAAAGCAGUGGUGAAGGAGGAGAAGAAGAACGGCCUGUUGAAGCUUUGAUGGUUCUUAAAUAUGGGGGUGUUCUUACACAUGCUGGCAGAAAGCAGGCUGAAGAACUUGGAAGAUAUUUCCGGAAUAAUAUGUAUCCAGCUACCCAUGUAUUUAAAAGCAGUCUUUGGUCUUAUAGUCACAACACCUGUUCUAUGGGGCUCCAAUUGGAGGACAUGUUCACCAAAGACCUUCCUAAAACAAUAUGUGAGGAACUUAUUUGUAAGUUGGGAAUAAAGAUAUCCAUAACCAACUUGAGGGAUAAUAUGAAGCAUAAAUACUUCCAUUUGAUUCAUGAAUUUGAUACAGGAGAAGGUACAGGGCUGCUGCGCCUCCAUAGCACAUACCGUCAUGACCUUAAGAUAUACAGCUCUGAUGAGGGGCGUGUACAGAUGUCUGCAGCCGCAUUUGCCAAAGGUCUUCUUGAUCUUGAAGGGCAGCUAACACCAAUCCUGGUUUCACUUGUUAGUAAGGACUCCUCCAUGUUGGAUGGACUUGACAAUGCCAGUAUUGAAAUGGAAGAAGCCAAGAAGGGUUGGUCCAUUGUAACAUUUUCAGCUCAUGCAUAUCAAGCUCGGCUAAACGAGAUCAUAACCUCUAGUUCAAAGAAUAUUCAUAGCAAUGGAUCACCUGAAUUUUCUUGGAUGGUUGAUGGUGCUGGACUGCCACCGAAUGCGUCAGAAUUGCUUCCCAAGUUGGGGAACAUGUUUGCUAUAUUGUCUGAGUUCAUUACUCUUGAUAGGAUAGUGUUGUUGUCACAGGUAAGCUUGAUUAAGAAGGUUACUGAACAAGUUAGACUACUUGCCACGGAUGAAGAUGAGAAACUUGCAGAAACAAGCCUAUAUGACGUAAUUCCUCCUUAUGACCAAGCAAAAGCACUUGGGAAAACAAACAUUGAUGUUGACCGAAUAGCUGCUGGAUUACCUUGUGGUAGUGAAGGGUUUCUUUUAAUGUAUGCUAGAUGGAAAAAGCUUGAAAGGGAUCUGUAUAAUGAACGCAAAGAGCGCUUUGACAUCACUCAAAUUCCUGAUGUCUACGAUUCAUGCAAAUAUGAUCUCUUACAUAACGCACACCUUAAUCUAGACGGAUUGGAUGAGCUUUUUAAAGUUGCACAGGCACUUGCUGAUGGUGUAAUUCCAAAUGAAUAUGGAAUAAAUCCAAAGCAGAAGCUAAAGAUUGGCUCAAAGAUUGCACGACGAUUAUUGGGUAAAAUUUUAAUUGAUCUGAGGAACACUCGAGAGGAAGCCAUUAGUGUUGCUGAGUUAAGGAGUAACCAAGACCAUGAUUCAUCUUCCGCGAAAACUGAAAAGGAAGAUACAGAGGCCAAGUCAAAACUUCCGAAUAAGAAUGAUGAAAUAAGGAAAUCCAUCACUUCGAAUGAUAUAUCAAUGGAUCAAGAUGAUGAUGAUGAUAAAGAGACUAAAUACCGAUUGGAUCCGAAGUAUGCAAAUGUAAAGACACCUGAACGUCAUGUGCGAACACGCCUAUACUUCACAUCAGAAUCACAUAUCCACUCUCUCAUGAAUGUUCUUCGUUAUUGUAAUUUGGAUGAAUCUCUUCUAGAAGAAGAGAGCCUCGUUUGCUUUAACGCUCUACAGCGUCUUUAUAGAACAAAGGAGCUUGACUAUAUGAGCUACAUUGUGCUGAGGAUGUUUGAAAACACGGAGGUGGCCUUGGAAGAUCCAAAAAGGUUCCGCAUAGAGCUAACCUUUAGCCGUGGUGCUGAUUUAUCCCCCUUGGAGAAAAAUGAUAGCGAGGCAGCUUCGUUACAUCAGGAGCACACACUGCCUAUUAUGGGUCCUGAAAGGCUACAAGAAGUAGGUUCCUAUCUCACAUUGGAAAAAAUGGAGAUGAUGAUUCGUCCAUUUGCUAUGCCUGCAGAAGACUUCCCUCCACCAGCAACCCCUGCAGGAUUCUCUGGCUAUUUCUCUAAAAGCGUACUUGAGCGUCUAUUACUCAGCUUCAAGUCCGUACUGGAAUCUGAUGUUGUCGUCAACAUACCCAAUGUGUAA